UUAUAUCUCUCUUACUUUUACCUUGUCAGGACUCAGAUGGGAAUUAUAAUUACAAAUAGCAGAGAUGUCAAAAUAAGAAGAUUGGGAUAUGUAUUGGUUGGAAUUUGAUGGUUUAAAGCAAUCACCUGCAGUUCAACUGAGACUCAGAUGGGAAGUAGGAAGUGCUGUGCUCAAGCUUCCUGUUUAAAUAAAUGCAGCUUUCCCACAGCUACUGCAUACAAGGUCUGACGUGCUUUUUAAGAUAUAAUGGUAACAUGCUCUUAAUAGCAGGGAGGAGAUUAUUCAUCAGAGUGGUGAAAGGGCUGGGAGACAAGUCCUGUUACAGUCCUAACAAAGUGUAACACUGUCAGCUGCACAGAGAAAGAGAGGAAGGGUGAGAGAGAGAAAUCUGUUUCUGCUUCAAAUUGUAAGUCCACAGUGAUUGUGACAUUAUGAAUCUUGGGAGCACUGAAGUGUGAGUGAAGGUAUUGAAAAGUCAAACAGCUGGGAGUGAACAGUACUCUCCUUGCAAGGUUGAGUGGACCAGAGUAAGAUAUUAAUGAACGGAUGGAUUCUGCUGAUAAGAUCGGCCAUCCCACCAUGACCACUGAUGUGUCAGAAGCUGGGGAAUUGUGUCUGGAACCUCUAGUCACUUGCAAGCUAUGCCUCUGUGAACAUUCUCUUGAUAAGAUGACCACUCUUCAAGAAUGCAGCUGCAUCUUCUGUACAGCGUGCCUAAAGCAGUAUAUGCAGCUGGCAAUUCGAGAAGGCUGUGGUUCUCCCAUCACUUGUCCAGACAUGGUAUGCUUGAACCAUGGGAUCCUACAAGAAGCAGAGAUUGCCUGUUUGGUACCUGUUGAUCAGUUUCAGUUAUACCAACGACUGAAAUUUGAACGAGAAGUCCACUUGGACCCAUGCAGAACGUGGUGCCCUGCUGCUGACUGCCAGACCAUGUGCCAUGUUGAACUGAUUGAUUCAGGGCAAGCAGUGCCUGUAGAAUGCCCAGCUUGUCACCUGAAAUUCUGUUCAUCCUGCAAAGAAGUGUGGCACCCAGAGCACUUGUGCCAGGAAAACCAACCCAUUGUAAUACCAACUGAGCAGGGAGCACUUACCAGGACGGACACAGAGGCUCCAAUUAAACAGUGCCCAGUGUGCCGGAUCUAUAUUGAACGAAAUGAAGGCUGCGCUCAAAUGAUGUGUAGGAACUGCAAGCAUACAUUUUGCUGGUACUGCCUACAGAACUUGGAUAAUGAUAUCUUCUUACGACAUUAUGACAGAGGCCCCUGCAGAAACAAACUGGGCCAUUCUCGAGCCUCAGUUAUGUGGAACAGAACACAGGUUGUGGGGAUCCUGGUGGGAUUGGGUAUCAUAGCGCUGGUGACUUCUCCCUUGCUGCUUGUGGCAUCUCCAUGCAUCAUCUGCUGUGUCUGCAAAUCCUGCAGGGGCAAAAAGAAAAAGCAUGCCCCACCGACAACCUAAAACUCUGUCUGUUUCUUCCUCAGUCUAUAUAGUAGAUGUAUGUGAGAAAGCACAAAGAUUGGGUUUUGGUGCCAUACGUACCAAAUAAUUCUCCCUCUACUUGCCAACUUUGAGGCUAAGUGCCUAUUGUUUUCAGACCACUAUAUUGCUUGCAAACCACAGUUCAGGAAAUGACUGGGGGAUUGUAGUGUGUAAAUGUAAUUUUUAAAAAAAGGUCACUGUCAAGUAAUUCAGCCACAAAUAUGAUCCACCUUUAAAACUGUUAAAAUCUUGUAGAAAGAGGGAUCUUCCAGAAUCUGAGCAUGUAUUUAUUAUGCAAUAUUGGUCUUCUGCUUCUGCAGAACCAGUCAUGCAGCCAGUAGAGGGAGUACAGGCAAAUGAACAAGCCCACUUCUUAGUACUCUGCUGAUUUAUAAAGUAAAAGAAGAAAAAGCAUGUUGCCAUUAUCUGUUGGCUUGUGACCUAUUUAAAAUAACAUAUAUAUUUGAUAACUUCCCUUCAACCAGAUGCCACAGCAGGUGGGGGCAGGGGAAUACUAGAGAAAUAAUGAAGAGGAUAUUUACCAAGAAUGGAUUCUGGUAAUUAUCGUUUCAUAGCUAAACUAUUGUAUUGUAUGGAUUGUACUACAGUGAACACACUCACUUAUGCCACACCAGUGAUUUUUGGUGUAUUACAAAAUUACCAAUGAUCUACACCACACUAAACUAUGUUUAAAUUAUAUUAUUUAGGUGUAUUACCUAACAACUGUGAAAAUACCAUGUGCAUCUCACAAUCGGCACAAAUAUAAAACCAGAUGAUAUAGCUAUUGCACACUCUGAUCUUAAUUGGAUAUUCAUAACUAUGAAAAAGGGGCCAAACUAGCUGCUGUUGAUGUCAAUGGUAUUUUUACUAUUGAUUUCAGUGGGAGCAGUAGCAACCAAUAAAAUAUUCUUUCCUAUUUAAAAAAAAAAACAAAAACCUCAUUUGCCAAUGCCUCAGUGGAAAUCACUGUCUUGUAUAUGCUGUGUUAAAAGGUGAUGUUACAAGUCAACCAUGGCACAUCUUUCUUGAAAUGUUAGGUUUAUAUACAUGGCUCUUCAUUCUUGGGCUGACUGCUCUACCUACUUGUGGCUCCAUUUCCCUCUGCCUUUUGUGAGUACUGUGGAUGUUGUAAACUUCUGGAAACAAAUCUAAUGUUUUAGCGAAGGCCAUGCUACAUCUCCCAUAGGAUAUGCAGGAAACCAUAUACGAUGCAUGUAUGUAUAUGUAUGGUGUGUGUAUGUAUGUAUCCACACAAAGUACAUAAUUAAUAAUUAUGCACGCGCACACACACAGAGUUCUUUAUACAUUUUAAACAGGUUAUACAGGGUAGCAACAAGAAACUUGUAAAAAUUACUCAUACAGGUUUCAGAUGUGGCCAACCCAACCCACCAAGUAACCCUUUUAGAAUUAUUGCAACUAACACAAAUCCCUGGAUAAAUAUUAGCUGUAUUCAUUGGUAGUUAUUAUUUCUAUCCCCCAAAAGGGUAAAGAGCACUGUUAUUAAUUUAUUAGUUACUUUAUGUCUCUAAAAGGCUGUUAUUUAAUGUUCUAGUUUAAUUUGGUUCUUCACUGCAAGCAUGAUUCAGAUCCUGAUCUGAACUAUGCCAAUGUAAAUUCAGAAUAACUCUUCUGAAGCUCAUGGACUUCACUCCGGAUUUGCAUGGGAAUAACUGAGAUCAAAUUCUGAUCCAUGGUGUUUAUACCACCAUUAGUUGGUGCUUACUUGUGUUAUGGGAUCCUGUUUGUGCAUUUGAUAUUUGUGGCAAUUUACAUGCAUUUUCUCUACAAUCAGUAGUAAUUCCAACCCCAGUUGGCAAGGGCUGUAAGGAGAAUGAAAUGUGAUGCAAAGUCAGAAAAAGGUAUGCAAUCCUCUAGCCUACCCUCCCUCCCAGACUACAAAGAGAAAACUAAAGUGAACAUCAAUUUUAUUUUGUUUGGCUAAGCCUCAGGAACUUUGCCUUCUUGGCAGCUGUAAAUGUGACCUUUUCGUUCAACUUCGCUCUCUGGCUGCUGAAACAGUGGUAAACAUCUUAUUUUAAGGAAGCAUAGUCUGCAGAACAGACUAACAGGGACAAAGGCCUUAAAUAAUAGUGUCUGCUUCUCUUUGAAAAAAAUUAAUGUUGAAUGUAUUUGCUACCAAUAAUGACUGGAAGGUAGACAGUGUACUAGUCUGAAAGACUGUAUUUAUUCUUCAUCCAGAGCUUCUAAGUGAAGCAGGAAGGUAGUCAGUACAUUCUAAACAUAGAGUACAAUGCAGGCCAAUGUGAUUUAUGAUAAGCUGAGAGUAUUUUAUGUAUGUGUUUUCUUUAGGAGUGGUAAUGGUAGUGUUGGGGGUUACUCAUGACAAAUUAAAAUGUUCAGCCUUUGGCCUUGCACUGUUUUUCUACCUACACUUUUACAGCACCACUGUCAUUUCCAGUUUAUCCAUGAACUUCUAGUAGAGAAACUCACUUGAACAAACUCCCAAGGGCAAAUUGCUGGAGAGUUGUAAAGUCUUUUUAAUCAUAACCAAUGGCAUGAUAUUCAAUAUCCCUCACCUGUUAAACCUCAUGGUGUUUUUCAUAUUUUGUAUGUAUUCAUUCUGUCCAAACAACUGUCCACUCAGUGGGGUUGGUACACUUCUUCCCCUCUUGUUAUGCUGGAAGCCAGUGUUGCCUAACAAAUGAAGUUCCUUUCUUAAUUAUAAAAGUUUUUUGUCAUUAAUGCUGCAGUUACAAACCAGGGGCUAAAUUCUGCUCUCAGUUAUACAGACGUAACCGAGGGCAGAAUUUUUCCCAAUGUACAUUGAUGGCUAUAAGGUAAUUGCAUUCCUCAGUUUUGUUAACAGCAUGCAAAUUCUGUCCCUUUUCAGUGUUAUAGAAUUAUCUAAAUUUUAAUGUGAAUCUCUGGUUAUUUAACAAACAUCAGAUUUUUAUAAAAUGGUUCAGAAUCUAAAGUUUGAUUUCCUUAUGAUGCAAAUUCAGAAUACUAGAUUUAGUUUAAUUUAAAUAAACACGCACGCCACAGCACUGAAAAAACAGAUGAUAGAAUUUCGUUUUACUUUGCGUGCAUUAUUUUAGAAUCAAGGUAGUUUUUCUGAAGCAAUGUUUUACACAGUACUCUAAUUACCCUAGAACAGUAUUUUAAAACUUAAAACUAUGAACCUUACCAGCCUGGUUUUCCUUAAAGGGUAUGUGUGCUGCAUCAACCCAUCCUGGUUUUCGAAAGCACAGUUUAUCUGAGGCUGUGCAACAACCUAAGAACUGAUGCUGCCAGCUGUUAGCCCAUGUGCUAACUUUACGUGAACGCUUAAGUACUGGUAACAUUGGGGCUCUUUUGCUUGAUGCAGCUGUUGCUUAGUUAUUCUGCACCACUGGCCAGAUAAUCAAGCAGUCACAAUGAAUCUGUUCCGGGAUUCCAAAGAAAUAACUUGAGGCAGAAGAUUUUUUAAAGUGUUUGCAAAUGCAGCAAGUUAUGUAAGCAAGAUAAUAGUGCCAAAAGUCCAAAGGGUCCUGGGACACAGGGUACAUAUACCUUCUUUAAGUAAUGCCACCGUGAAUCUCUUACAACCGCUUACAACGCCAAAAACUCUCAAUGAGUGUUGGACAUCAGAACCAGAUUUGAUUCAUACUGUGCCAGAAUUUACUUCGCUUAUUAUUGUCAAUCUACAGUUUUUUUUUUCCCCAGUGCUUUUGAUCUUGUAGUGACUAACUUGAAGGCUAGCAUAUUCAGAAGGAUUAUGGAUUAAUAGACUGAGCCUGGGAUUUAUGGGAUGAGCUUUUCUCCAUUCAAGUCCCAACUAUAACACUGACUUGCUUUGUGGCCUUGGGAAAAUCAGUGUAGUUGGUCACCUAAAAUUACUUGUCACUUCUGAGAACAUAGGCCCUGGAGCCUGAGCUUCAAAGGUGCCAACAUGGAGUUCGGUUUAAAUUUUGGUUGCUCAGCAUCUCUGAAAUUAGGCUCUAGAUGUCUGAAGAGUGGCACCUAAAAUUAGAGGCCACAUUCAGAAAAUUGACUCUUAACUUCAGUGGGCCAAAUCUUCAGAUCAUGUAAAUUUUCAUAGUUCUACUGCAGACAAUGGAGCUAUGCCAUAUACACCAGAUGAGAAUCUCCCGCUGUGACUCUCAGAUCCCAAUUAUAAAAUGAGAUAAUACCUGGUUACAAUAAGCACCAUUAAAUGGUAAAUAUUUACCAUGUUUAUGGUAUAAAUGCUUCUCUGCAGUAUCUGUUUUAACUUAGACGAUACAUAGUCAAUGCUGCAGUAACUGAUUAUUUUUAAUGGUGUAUGUUUUAUUUACCUCACAGAAGGGGAUGAGGAUUAACAGUAGUUAAUGUUAGUACAGUGCUUUGAAGACGUUAAGUGGUUCAUGCUGCUAUUUGUCCAGUAACAUAACAUAGAAUAAGAAGUCCAAAGAAAAUCUAAAGUGUACAUAAUGUUUACAUGAUUAAAUUAAAAUGAAUGUUAAACCAUAUUUUCUUAUUGUAUGUGAAAAUACGUAAAUUAGCAAAGAUCAGUUUCACCUCUCAGUUGUUACAAAGAGGUGGUGAUAAUAUGAACAUCUGGCUGACAUGUAUUUGGGUAUCAAUGGGUGGUUGCAUGGUAGUGCCUGCUACUUUUUUGUUAAGCUUGAGUUCCAGCUUCCAUUGUAGUUCUUCCUUUUCAGUUGCUCUUAUCUUUCUCAGGCAGGUUUCUUUUUUGCACUUUGUUUGAGGCCAGAUAUCUUAGAACAAAAUAAGUGAAGCUGUUUAGCUACAUGAGGAUGAAAACCCCCAGCAUGAUAUCAUAAGUUAUAAUCAGAACUUCUAUAUUCAGCUAAUGAUUGAAGCUAGAAAUUUCAUACUUGGAUUGUUUUGUAAAUCUUAUUAAAACUUAAAAUUCGGUAAUGGAAUGCGUAGACUAACUGCUCUGAUAGAGAUAUCAGGGAUAGAAGCCCCUGGUGCUUAUGAGCUUCAGAUGAGAGACAGUUGUCUUUAGUCUUUGGGGAUUAUGAUGGAAAAAAAUCCAGAUAGAUAUUCAUGUUAAAUACAUGCAAACAUGGUUAUACUCCGCUGCUGAACAUCCUAGGAUUCCAAUUCCCUAUAAAUGUACUUGGAGUUCUGGUAAACUUACACAGAAGAUUGAAGUCUGAUCCUGCAUACACUCACAAAUGCAAGUGACAUUACUCGCAAGUAGCACUAUAAAAUACUACAUAAUUUUUAAAAUAAGCAGCUUAUGAAAGACAUAAAAAUACCUCUCUCUUGGAAGUGUCAGCUCUCACGCCAUUGCAAACACUGCUGUAUGAUAAACUUACUGCUAAGAUUUUGGAGAACUUCAGUAUACAUUUAAUUUUUAAAUAAAACUAGUCCUUAAUCAGCAAAACAUUUAGGCAUAUGCUUAAGUGCUUUGCUGAACAGGGAUAGACUGCUGAAUUGAGGCCUCAACAAUUUAUUGAGUUGUGGCAUGGAGCUCAGUUAUUCAUGAUGAACACAAACUAAAGGUCUGAUUCCACAAACACUUACACUCAUAAUAAUCUCAUACACACAUCAUACAGCAAGUUCCUUACUCUAAUCAUUCAUCAUGGGACAAAUAUUUUAUUUUCUGUGUAAAUGGUCUUUAACUUGGGUACAUUUAGCAACAAGUUAAAAUACAGUAGCAUGUAAACAUGUUUUGUUUAGGGCUGUCAAGCAGUUAAAAAUUAAUCGCAAUUAAUCGUGCUGUUAAACAAUAAUAGAAUACCAUUUAUUUAAAUAUUUUUGGAUGUUUUCAACAUUUCAAAUAUAUUUAUUUCAAUUACAACAAAGAAUACAAAGUGUACAAUGCUCACUUUGUUCUAUUUUUGAAUGCAAUUAUUUUUUGUACGUAAUUCUACAUUUGUAAGUUCAACUUUCAUGAUAAAGAGAUUGCACUAGAGUAUUAAGUGAAUUGAAAAAUACAAUUUCUUUUGUUUAUCAUUUUUCAGUGCAAAUAUUUGUAAUCAAAAAUAAAUAUAAUGUAAAACUUUAAAGCCUAUGAGUCCACUCAGUCCUACUUGUUCAGCCAAUCGCUCAGACCAACAAGUUUGUUUACAUUUGCAGGAGAUAAUGCUGUCCCCUUCUUGUUUACAAUGUCACCUGAAAGUGAGAGCAGGCUUUUGCAUGGCACUGCUGUAGCUGGCAUCGCAAGAUAUUUACAUGCAGAUGUGCUAACGAGUCACAUGUCCAUUCAUGCUUCAACCACCAUUCCAGGGGACAUGCAUCCAUGCUGAUGAUGGGUUCUGCUUGAUAACAGUCCAAAGCCAUGUGGACUGACACGUGUUCAUUUUCAUCCUCCGAGUCAGAUGCCACCAACAGAAGGUUGAUUUUCUUUUUUUGGUGGUUCGGGUUCUGUAGUUUCUGCAUUGGAUUGAUGCUCUUUUAAGACUUCUGAAAUCAUGCUCCAGACUUCGUUCCUCUCAGAUUUUUGGAAGGCACUUCGGAUUCUUAAACCUUGGCUCGAGUGCUGUAGCGAUCUUUAGAAAUCUCACAUUGGUACCUUCUUUGCUAUAACAUGAAACACAUGUCAGAACGUGGGUAAAACAAAGCAAGGGACAUACAAUUCUCCCCCAAGGAGUUCAGUCUUAAAUUUAAUUAACACAUUAAUUUUUUUAACAAGUGUCAUCACCAUGGAAGCAUGUCCUUCAGAAUGGUGGCCGAGGCAUGAAGGGGCAUAUGAAUGUUUAGCAUAUCUGGCACGUAAAUACCUUGCAAUAUUGGCUACAAAAGUGUCACGUGAAUGCAUGUUCUCACUUUCAGGUGACAUUGUAAAUAAGAAGCAGGCAGCAUUAUCGCCCGUAAAUGUAAACUACCUUAUCUUACCAAUUGGCUGAACAAGAAGUAGGCCUGAGUGGACUUGUAGGCUCUAAAGUUUGCAUUGUUUUGUUUCUUGAGUGCAAUUAUGUAACAAACACGAUAUUUGUAAAUUGCACUUUCAUGAUACAAGUACUGUAGUGCAAUGUAUUUAUGAGAUGAAUUGAAAGACUUUCUUUUAUCAUUUUUACAGUGCAAAUAUUUGUAAUAAACAAAGUAUAAAGUGAGGACUCUACACUUUUUUUGUAUUCUGUGUUGUAAUUAAAACAGGAGUACUUGUGGCACCUUAGAAACUAACAAAUUUAUUUGAGCAUAAGUUUUUGUGGGUUACAGCCCACUUCAUUGGAUGCAUAGAAUGGAACAUAUAGUGAGAGAUUUUUAUAUAUAUCAGUAAUGUGAAUUGACACCAGUCCUGCAACGAUUUAUGCAUGUAAUUACCUUUACACAAUGUGAAUAGUACCAUUGAUUUUGAUGGGGCCAUUCACAAUGCAUAAAGCUAAUUCUGCAAAACUCUUUGUAGGAUUGAGGUCUCAUAUUGGGACAUGAGGCACAAUACUUUAUUUUCAUAUCCAUCAUAACGUAAAUGAAAACAUCUUAAAAAUCUGUUGGAUAAGGGCAGGAAAUGGGGCACUUGAUUAUUGUAUAUGAUAAAUAGUAUGUUAGAGAGGAGUAGUUUCAGAAAUUAGGGGUAAAAUUCAGCCAAUAGUAGCCCACCCACUACUUAAGCCCACUGAAGUCUCAGGAUGUGUUGGCUUUUUGCUGGCCUUUUGCCUGAGGCUGAAUUUCACCGAAGAUGACUAGAUACUGUUUCUUUGGUACCUGUUUGAAGUUGUAUUUUGUUUUUCUAAAUAAUACACUUUCUUCACCAUCCUUAACUUGGUGAAGGAUGAAAGGCUUUGAUCUUUGUAAGAUUCACUAAACUAUUUUUAUGUUUAAAAGAAGGUCAACAUGUAUAAAGAAAUUAUAAAUGCUUUUGUAAAUUUUGUUUCGGCAUUUAAAUGAUUUACAAAUGCAAUGUGCUGCACUCUGUGCAUAUAUUCAUACACUCUGUAUUUAUAUUCUGCCUCUGAGGCUUACUUCUUUGUUUCCCCGCCUCCUUCUAAUGUCAUAAAAUGCAACAUUAAAAAUGUAAUGUACAGA